AUGAGCUCGCUAAUCUAUGGCUUUCAUAUCAAGACCAACCAGGCCUCACCAAAAUAUCUCAGUUCUAUAAAGGAAGAAGAUGAGGCAAAACUUCUUGAUCGUCAGACAUCAGACUCGUUCCAAGAAGCUGUAGAGCCUGUAAUUGAAGAAUACGAAAAUCAAUCUCCGCUCUCGAGUCUCAGCUUUCCCUUGCUCAAGCGAAGACGCCAAAAAGAAGCUUGCGCAAAACCAUCGAAGUUGAAAAAGAUAUUGCAACAAAGAGAAACUGAUAUCCAAAAAUUGGAAGGGAAACUCAAGGCUACAGAAACUCAGAAUGAGGACAUUGUAAAACAAGGGUGCGAACUGGGCUGCCGCAAUAAGUGCAUUUCUCAGCUAGAAAGCAAAGUAGAAGAACUCGUAAGCGAACUCUUGACAGAUUCCGAAACGCAAGGUCUAGACCAUUUAGUAUAUCCAACGCGCCGACUGACAACAACUUUUCAGUCACCACCAAACUCAGAAACCACACCAACGAAACCCGUACGGAUCGUCGAAAUGACCGGUGCUACCGCACCAAACAGUCCCGCUUCUCUGGUAACUCGUCGAAGUGCUCCCCCGUCUUUUGGCGACAAUGAUUUGCUUUCGCCAUCCAGUCGUCUAGCAUUACGUAAAGCGAGAUUUCUAUCUGCUGAAAUACAAGGCACCGCCGACAGACGUGAUGCGACCGCUGAAUCCAUAGUUCAGAAACUCCAAAUCGAACUCAAGCAACCGGAAUCCCUUCAUGACGAUAAGGCGCAAGGGUUGGAGGCCGUAUGA